AGAAAGAAAGAAAAUGGAACCAAUUACUAUCCCCGAGGAGAGAGACGGUGUCGCCUAUCUCUAUGGUCAUCCGCUGCGCAACUCCCUCUCUCCCUCCCUCCACCAGACCAUCUACAACACACUCGGCCUCAACUGGACCCAGAUCCCCCUUUCCAGUACCAAUGGCGCCUCGUUCACGCAAUCUCCCGAAAUCUCUACCUUCCUGACUUCCAUCCGCUCCAACCCAAAGUUCGUUGGCUCGUCCGUCACCAUGCCCUGGAAGGUCGCGAUCAUGCCGCAUCUGGACGACCUCACCGAGGACGCGCGACAAGCCGGUGCCUGCAACACCAUCUUCCUGCGCAAGGAUUCCCCCGGAGACGACACCUCCAAGACCUCCUACGUCGGCACCAACACAGACUGCAUCGGGAUCCGCGAAGCCCUCCUGCAGAACGCCCCCACAGGCCCCGACCACUUCCGCGGGAAGCCCGCCCUCAUUGUCGGCGGCGGCGGGACCGCCCGCACCGCCAUCUACGUGCUGCGUUGCUGGCUCGGCGCCACCAAGAUCUAUAUUGUGAACCGGGACGCCGCUGAGGUCGAGGCCAUCCUGGCCGAAGACAAGCAGCGCAACCCUACCCCGUCGGCGGAUUUUGCGCCCCUCAUCCACGUCACGGACCCCGUGAUGGCGUCUACAUUGGAAGCUCCCGUAGCGAUUGUCUCGGGGAUCCCCAACUACCCCCCCAAAACGGAGGAGGAGCUGCGCGCGCGCGAAUGCCUCCGGGUUCUUCUGGACCGCCAGACGCACGAGAAGAACCAGGGUGUCAUCCUGGAGAUGUGCUACCACCCGCUGCCCUGGACGGAGAUCGCACAGCUGGCUUCUGAUGCGCGUUGGAAGGUGAUUCUCGGCUCGGAGGCGCUGAUCUGGCAGGGUCUCGAGCAGGCGCGACUCUGGACGGGCACAGAUAUCAUUGCGGUGCCGGGUCUAGUGGAUCGGGUGAAGGCCGUGGUGGCACAAUCUAUCGCUGAACGGUCGAAGACAUCAUCGAACCUUUGAAAACUGGCUUCUUUCCCAGAUGAUAAUGAUAAGAGGACAUUUUUUUUUUUUUUUCAAAACAUAUUAUAUGUUUAUGAUGUCAUCUUUCCUGUAUAUAUAUAUAUAUAUAUAUAUAUGUCUGAUAUCCAUUACAUAGAUUCUACGAGUUUAUCGGACAUAAUCUAGCUGUC